GGCUUAUCUUUCAAGUUAGCGCUUUUAAAUGUUCCGAAAAUUUUAUAGUGAUUGGGCAUCUGCCAGCUCUUUACGACACUCAAUAUGGCUACUAACGCCGCUUGGUUUCUUGGUUACUUCCUGCUUGCAGUGUUUUCGCUUCUGUCUCUUCUUUAUCUGUAUGUCGCAUCUGCGUUCAAGUACUUUGAAAAACGCAGAAUACCUUAUGAACCAGCCACAUUUGCAAUCGGUAACUUGUGGCCUGUCCUAAGCAUGAAGAAAUCCUACAACGAUUUCGUGUUUGAUUUGUAUAAAAAGCAUAGAACGAAAAAGUUGGUUGGGAUUUUCCAGUUUUUCAGGAAGAGUGUAUUAAUUAUUGACAGGGAACUGUUGCGAAGUGUUUUGGUGAGAGACUUUCAGUACUUUGAUGGCAAGAGCCUUCAUUAUAACAAAGAGCUCGAGCCUCUAACAGCCCAUCUGUUUUCCUUGGGUGGACAACAGUGGAAGGUUCUCAGAGCAAAAAUAACACCGUUAUUUUCGUCCAACAAAACUAAAGGGAUGUUCCCGAUUUUUAUCGACGCCGCCCAUAAACUGAGCGAGUACGUCUCCCAAAUCACAGAGAAGAACGAUGAGAUUGAGUGUAAGGAUCUGUUCACGAGAUUCAGUGUGGACGUGACCACCAGCACUGCCUUCGGUCUUGACAUCGACGUCGCCUCUGACAAGGCAGCAACAUUCAAGGAGAUGGCCGGGAGUAUAUUCUCCCCCUCUCUCGGCAGUAUGUACCGAAACAGCCUCUGGUUCUAUGGAGGAUUCAUCGCCAAGACAUUCAAUUUGAGAAUCAUCCCUAAGAAAACUCACGACUUUUUCUUUAACCUUGCCAAAGACACUGUUGAGUAUAGAGAGACUAACGGAAAUAACAGGAAUGAUCUCCUACAGCCGCUUAUAGAACUCAAACAAGGAGCGAAAUCUGGAGAUGAAGGAAUAAACAUGACAAUAGAAGAACUGGCAGCCCAGGCGUAUAUGUUCGUCUUGGCCGGUUAUGAGACAACCUCUACCGCCUUGAACUUCUUCCUGUACGAGAUGGCGAUGAACCCAGAGGUACAGGAGCGGAUCCACGCGGAGGUCGACGCUGUGGAGGAGAUAACGUAUGACACUCUGGCUGGCAUGGAAUAUCUUGAUAUGGCUCUUGAUGAAUUACAUCGGAAGCACGCACAACUAGGUUUCUUGAGCAGAACUUGCACAAAAGACUAUCAAGUGCCUGGAACCGACUACGUGAUAGAAAGAGGAACGGAGGUGUUGGUCUCUGUACAAGGCCUGCACAAGGACCCUGAACUGUUCCCUGAGCCGGAACGAUUCAUCCCGGAACGAUUCAGCAAGGAGAAUAAGGGCAAGAUAAAACCGUUCUCGUACAUGCCCUACGGCGAAGGUCCGAGAUAUUGCGCAGGCCAGCGUUUUGCGCAGUUAAUGGUCAAGACGGGACUGGCUGUCAUGAUGAAGCGCUUCUCAGUGCAGACGUCUCCCAGAACACCGAAUCCAAUGAGAUACGAUCCUUUGGCGAUAACCUUGGCUGCGGCCGGGGGCAUGUGGCUGCGUCUGGUCGAUAGGCAGAGAGUUUAGUCUUAAAAUCUGGAACAUCAAGGCCAGUGUCCAUUGAGAGAAAUUUAAAAACUUCUGUUGAAUUGUCUGGAACAGUAUUUAAAAACCAAUUGUAUCAAUAAUGUUAAUUGUAUCAAGAUACAGUAAGGAGUGUCAGGUCCAGGGGGCCGGACCUCCCCUCCAAAUUUUCAAGUUUUCAAUUACGGUUUUAGUAAACUAUUAUUAUUAUUUAAAUAAUUCAAUAUUACUGACAUGUACUGCUGAAAGCUCGUUCUCAAUAAAGAGACGGGUCAAGAGCUUUUUAAGGAACGAAAUGGAGCUUUACUCUGUGUCCACUACGGGAAAAUAUCAGUUGUCUGGACCCUCCCAAAACGUUCCCUGUCUACGUUAUUGAACAGUGGUGUACUUUUAAGGACAGUACUAGGUAUUAAUGAUAGUCUCUAAUAUAAUCAAAAGUCCAGAAUACUUUUACAAAUUCAUAGUGUGUUGUAGUAUUAUUUAGAAAACAUUUACUAGAAUAUGUUAUAUCUUAAAAAUGUUUAUUACAAAACUGUCAGACAGUUUUGGCACUAUGGUAAUUAUGGCACACAUAAAAUUACCAACCAAUUAAAAAAGUAACAUCUAAAGAUACAGUUAAAGUUAAACUAUAUUAUUCAGAAACGCAAAUAUUACGAAGAUUGUAUUUUUUAACCUUUAUACAAACUAAUUUAAAUUUCUUGUUCAUAUUAAAUAAAUUAAUCUUUCAAAAGAAUUUAAAAUAUAAUAUUACCAUUUAACACAUGAAAAUAAUUCCAAAAAGAAUGUAGAUAAUUAUUUACAAAAUGAUGGAGAUGGAUUAGAAAAUAAUCUAGGAGAUUUAUAUAUUUAUAUAGUUAAUGCUAACCAUAAUAUUGUUUAUGUAUAUUUUCAAAACUUACAUAUCUAUACUUUAUGUUUGGACUGUUAUUGGCUGAGUGUUAGCGAAGUCUAUCACUCGUAGGGCUGGAAAAAGUUAUCUUGAGAACAAACUGUUUUAUAAAUUUGCAAUCUUUCGCAAAGCUUAAUUUCUAUAAAGGCAACAUAGAGUUAGAUGAUGACGCAUGUCACUGUAUAAGAUUUUGCCGAUUGUUAGCUAACACUGGUCUUAAGAGUAUCCAUCAUAGCAACGAGUAAAUAAUAGAACAAUUUUUACUCUAGUACUGUCUUUUUACACUUAACGUGUGACAUACACUGUGCCGUAUGUUCAGAGGUCACUUUACGAUGUACUUUUUGGCUGCACGUUAGCGAAACCUAUAACAUAUGGUGAUAUGUCGAGAAUGACAUAUCAUUCAUUCGGAUUCAUUCAUUUGGAGAAUGACCUAGUAACUUGACGUUUUGCAUGCAACUUAAGUGAAUCAUGUUACUCGACAUAUUGUCCGCCUGGUACUGCUACCUGGUAAUAUAUAUUAUAUGUAUUUCGAUUAAUUUGAUUAAGUUGAUAAGUUACAAAAAACGUUUAAAUGUAAAGUAUUUUAAGCAUAAUCUUAAAAUCAAAUUGUUUGAUAUGUCUUUUGAGAUAUUUACUCAACUAUGCGAUACAAUUUGGAAAGAAUACUAUAUCAUAGAGUUUUAGUUACAAACCUAACUUCAAAAAUAAAGAAUGUAAAAUAGAAAAAAGUAAAUGUUGCGUUCUAAUAAAUAAGAAAUGAU